AUCAACCAGAUCCCAGAUCACUCGCGCGUUUGAUCGCAGCUGAUCGUGCGACGUUACAAGCUCUAAUAACGUUCGACGAGCAACGCGAACAAAAUCUCGAGAAUCGUCGCGAACUGCUUUAAGAAUUGCGUGGAUCCCGUCCACGUGUAAAUGAGGCCACGUGCACUGUAACUCGGAUGUUAAUCAUUGACUGCGCGCCCUUAUUAAUCGAGCUUCCAUUAAGUUCCACGGGGGGCAGGCAGCGCACGCGAUUCUAUGGGGUGUGUGGCCCGCGGUGUGCUAUUAAGAGGCAUUAACGGGGGUCGAGUCAAGUGCUGUGGCUAAUAGUCAUCCCCCUUAUUCCCUCUUAACUUCUCCAGCUUCCGCGAGCGGGUGAGAAACUCGGGGGUUCGCCGAUCCUGAGAGAACUUGACAUGUGCCAGUGUUACUGUCACUCCGUGCGAAAAAUCUACCGUGAAGUGCUUCUCUGUCCGCUCUUUUGACGGAUCGGCAUGCUUCAGCUUCUCCCCCUCGAUCAAAUUCAUCCCAGUCGAAAGCUACGAUUAUCGAUGUCAAAGAAUAUCUGCGAGUUCGUUGUUUCUUUCCGAUGUGUUUCCGAGCGCAUAUCAAAUUUGUUUGUCGAACCGAUAUCGUACGUGAAAAUUAAAACAUAAGAUCUAGUAAAAAGAACUUGGACGACUAUUUCUGUCAGGAAAACUUAAGCGUCUUUAAUUCCGAUAAUUCACCACGUAGACCUUAUGUCUUGACAUUUUCCGGCUUGAUUUCCGUCUGCCUUCUAUCCCGACUCGACGCUUCCGUACAUAAGAAACUUGCAAAGAUCUUUCUCUCGUGGCCCGGUGUCGACGUUGAAAAGGGAGAAAUGUUUUUCUCCAUUUAGCACAUAAAUCACCCGCGGGGGUGGUAUCUAGCCGAGAAGGCAGAGAGAACGCGAGUAGGGGGUGCAAGAGUGGGCCGGGUGGGGUGGCAUUGUUCCUAAGUGAUGUAACUGCGUCUUAUUGUAUUUGUAUCCUGUAUCGCAUUGUUAAGAGUCUCUCGCCACAAAGCGUAAGUGGUUUUGGCGGAAGCCACAUUCAGUGGUUGGAUUGUGUCGGCCACCCCCAUGCGAAAGGCGUGCAAGUGGUCUACACUAGAUUCGAUCUAACUUGUUGUGUACCAUUUAUCCACUUCCUCUUAGUAGAAAGAAUUUUGUAAAAAAUAUAUCGGGGAUAAACAUUCGUAAUUCCUUUAUUUCGGAAAGUUGAAUUACGUUUUUCGUUCAAAAAAAUAUUUGCUAUAUAUCGUUUCAUUGGUAAUAAGUCUAUAACACAAACGCGAAGAAACGUAAAUGGGCAGAUGAUGGUAUAAAUUUUCAUAGAAUUUAAUAAAGAUGGAAAAGUAUCGGAAUCGUUUACCAAAGUUACACUGAAACGGUUAUAGCUAAGGACUGGUAUAAAGGACGACACAUAUACACGAGCUGGAGUGGAUGAAUCUCUUUGAUUGGUGGUAGUGGUCGAAGGCCAGGGGGUUGUUCUAUAGAGUUGUAUUCACUAUUGAGGGCUGUUCGGCUCUAUUGGGGCGAUAAUGUUACGAAUUAGCAAGAUUUCCACUUCUAUGCGCUCUGCCAGGAUGCUACAUUGCUCGCGAAUUAAAUUCUGGACUUAGAAAAGAACGAAAGAUAUCGUUACGAAAUGUUUGAUACUUUUUCUUUUUCUUUUUUAGAUAUUGCUUCGUCAUCGUUAUGAUUUUUCAAGGUGUUGUAAAAAAAAAAAAGAAAAGAAUCACGGUAUCGUCUGAAAGGUUUCCGACUUCAAGGAUCAGUCAAGUGUCGUUUGACGUAGUAACGAAAACAGUGAUCAUUCCUGCUGGUUCGAGCAUUUCGCAUUCGUAGUUCAUCGUAUCAAGACGUUAACAAUUCGACAAGAACAUGUACUGUAUCGGACUAGCGUUGAUCACAAGGAUCAUCAGCACCUACACCAUGUCGCUGUCAAUACUUAUGAUAAAUCUGUUGAUGAGCAGAUAUUUUUCGAAAACAACGGACGAAGGAUUCUUUAAUUCCGUCGAAAAUUGGGGUAUACUUGGUUUUAAUUGGUUGCAAGUUUUGAAAAACUUGCAAAUAAGGUAUAAAGCACAAACAGCCGUGAUUUUCUUCCUUGUAUACAUAGUAUCGUUUUUACUGGCCAGUGCGUAUCUCGCCUUGGGAUCAAUUUCCAGGAAACCUAAGUGCGCCGUGCCUUGGAUUUAUUUGCAAGUGAUUAGCAUAAUAGAUCAGUCUGUAGCGUUGUCUAUUCAUCUGACGCACGAACAGCAAUAUGAUGUUUACGAUAAAUCAAUAUGGUACAUUCCACUGUGCAGUGUCUAUCUAGUAUUUUCUGCGUGCAUAUGGAUGAUUGUGUAUAAUGCUCGGAAAGAAUGGAUCGAGGAACAACGGAAUCAUACAGAUUUACCACUAACUUCAACCACAUCGACGAUGCAAUCGAACAAUGGCGGCGGAUUAAAAUCACCAUCGUUCCUCUCGCAGAAUUUUUUGAUGUUCGAUUCACCGAGACCAUCUCCGAUAUUAUCCAAAUAGCUAAUACACGCAAACUUGUGGACUCUUUGGACUUUGUCCCUAUGUUGCACUUUCCAACAAGAAAAAACCAGAAAAGAUUCGAAUCUUAAGUCCGCGUAAUAACCAUUGAUCACUCGCAACUAAUGGAAUGUGCGGAGAGCAGGCAAACUACCAGAAUACGAUGAAUCUCGGUCCCGUAACUGGGAAAAUGUAUAAUAAUGCGGGUAACUCGAUAAAUCAGUCCGGGGAUGCGACUAAUAGAGUGUAUCAAAUGCGCCCACGGCGGAGCGUAGCUGCAUAGAAAAUUUGAGAAAUGGCCACGUUUUACGUCGAAAUACUUUUAAACUUCCGGGAUUUGAAUCGCACGCAAGCAUAUUCCCCAUACGAGGACCGGCGUCUUCUAGAUGGAAGUCGAUUUGUCCAAAAAUGGUUGGAACUUUUCUCGAAACUCUCGAGAAUAAUGAUCGAGCGUACAAUAGCUGAUAGAAAAAGACCCUUCUCACGAUUUAUUUCGGCCGUUUCACCACGUUCCUAGGCGAUCAUUUGCGUUCGUCGAAUAGUAACGCACCAACGGGCGCAACUUUUACAAUAUUCUAGAAUAUCCUUUCACCGCGCAAAUGUUUCUCAAUUUCGUGUUCCUUACACGAGAGUUAGGUUAAGCUCGAAGAUGUCGUCAAUUUACGUGAUUAUCGAUAACAAGAUAUAUCCUCGACGUAUAAAUUGACGCUAGCAAAAACUUUCGUAAGCUUUCCGUUGAACGAUACGGCUGCGAACAUGAAGGACAGACACAGUGGGGUACGCGACGUGGUUGGUUGGUGGUGCUUUUAAAAAGAACUGAGCGAGCCAAUUUGUAGACUGUCGCAAACUUUUAAAACACUAGUUGACAGCCGGUCCGCCCCCUCGCAACUUAUACACCCUCCUCGACAUUCGUCCAACCAUCCAGAAGGAUUCCAACCACCAUUCCACGUUCCUCUCUCUCUCUCUCUCUUUCUCUCUCUUCCUCUCUCUUUCUCUCUCUUCCUCUCUCUUUCUCUCUCUUCCUCUCUCUUUCUCGUCUUUCGACUGAAGUACCUACCUACCAGUAGACGGCGAAACUCACCCCUCCGUGUCGUGGAAGCCGAUGGAUUGUAAAAUAAAACUAACUUGGCUCUUUCGUGGAUCGAGAACGAAGUACCGGCGAAAUCUUAUUCCCUCGAGUCUCUUUUAUUUUCGCGUACCCCUUUUUUUCCACCAACCAGGGUGCAAUCACGAAAAAGAACUCGACGAAGAGUAGAUAUGUACCACGAAGGAGUCGCGCUUAUUCGAAAAAACGAAGAGGUCUUGAUCUGAGAUUAAAUCAAUUGAAGAUCGUAUUUGCGGCUGUUACUUCCUUAAAAUAUUUCUUGUAAAUUUG